AUGAGAGUAGAGUCUAGUGAUGAGCUAGAAGUAUUUGAAGAAGUAGGACGAGGCGGAUUUGGAGUUGUAUACCGAGGGAUAAUUAAAUCGAGCCAGGAAGAAGUUGCAAUUAAGCAAAUAGAUUUAGAACAAGAUGCAACAGAUUUAAUUGAAAUCAAUAAGGAAAUUCAGAUAAUGAGUGAAUGUAGGUCACCGCAGAUUACAUCGUAUUAUGGGUCAUUUGUUAAAAACUACAAAUUGUGGGUAGUCAUGGAAUUUGUUGAUGGCGGGUCUAUAUUUGAGUUAUUGAAGGCUGGGACUAUUGAUGAAACGACGAUUUCUAUAAUUGUUUUGGACAUUGUCCUGGCAUUGAACUAUCUACAUAAUCAAGGUAAAAUACAUCGUGAUUUGAAAAGCCAGAAUAUUCUAAUCAACAAGCAUGGAGAGAUUAAACUAACCGAUUUUGGGGUUAGCACUCAGUUAAGCUCGAGUUUUUCCAAAAGAAAUACAACAGUAGGUACACCAUAUUGGAUGGCUCCCGAAGUUAUUCUCAACUCCAAUGGCGGUCACAGUUUUAAAGCAGAUAUUUGGUCUCUUGGAUGUUGUUGCUACGAAAUGUUUACUGGGAAACCACCCUUACAGAACCAUUAUGCACCGAUGAAGGCACUACGAAAAAUAUCACAAUGUGAACAAAAUGGCGAUUUCAUCAAGAUGAUUGAACUAGACAAGUUGGAGAUCAGUGACGAGUUUAGAGAUUUCCUCAAGAGCUGCUUUAUUGAAGAUGCAAAGAUUCGAUAUAACGGUAAAAAAUUGAUUAAGCACAAGUUUUUAAAUCGUAAAAUAUCCAAUAGUCGAAAGUUUGUAAAAAAGUUGAUUACUAGAAAACAGUUGUGGAAUCAAGAAAACCAAAGCAUUAGGAAGCAGAACUUUUAUGUGCCAACAAAUAUUUAUAGAAAUCAAGUACAGUGGAAUGGCGAGGGGACAGGGACAAUGGACAAAAUGGGGGUACAAUUUGACAUCAGCUUAAUUGAGGAGGAAGAGGAGGAGGAAGAAAAAGAGAAUGAGCAGAAGAAGGUGGAUGAAAAAGAGGAUGUGCAGAAGAAGGUGGAAGAAAAAGAGGUCGAGCAGAGGAAGGAGGAAGAAAAAGAGGAUGAGCAGAGGAAGGAGGAAGAAAAAGGGGAUGAGCAGGCAGCGGUGGAAGAAGAAGAAGAAGAAGAAGAAGAAGAAGAAGCUCCAAUACAAACUACUACAACAUCGUUACUUACCAGAAAUGUUUGUGAACAAUUCUACAAAGGAAUACUCAAUAAAUCACUUAUAAAACUCGAUGCGAGAUUAAACUUAACAAAGAAUCAACGAGACCAAAUAGCACGGUUAAAUAAAGAUAUGAUGUCACUCAUUUUUGAAAAAGACAACAAAAUAGUUUUAUUUCAGUUUCUUCGGAUAGUUUUCAAAGAAUUGAGUAAAGAAAGAAACCAAUCAUUGGGUAAAUUGAUACUUCCAAGCAGUUUGAAAAAUAGAGAUUUACGAGAUAGUCCAUGGUCAAACACAGCAUCCGUUGCGACAUCUACCAUGAAUGCUGCUGCUGCGCAAUUUGAAGCUAAAGAUGAAUUAGUGUGGCCAAGCCGAUUUGACGAGAUUGAGAAAAGUUUAAUGGAUUCAUGGAUUAAACGAAUGAAGGAAGCUCACUGA